CAGAUCCCGCCAUAAGCCUUGCCUCAAGCCUUCGCAGCGUUCUCUGCCGCACCGAAGAGAAGGCCCGAACCGAACUCUUCCUGCCGAGAUGUCUAUUGGUGUGCCGAUUAAAGUCCUGCAUGAGGCCGAAGGCCACAUUGUAACUUGUGAGACAAACACCGGUGAGGUAUAUCGGGGGAAACUCAUUGAAGCUGAAGACAACAUGAACUGCCAGAUGUCCAACAUCACAGUCACGUACAGAGAUGGGCGUGUGGCACAGCUGGAGCAAGUGUACAUCCGUGGCAGCAAGAUCCGCUUUCUGAUUUUACCUGACAUGCUGAAAAAUGCACCCAUGUUAAAGAGCAUGAAAAAUAAAAAUCAAGGCUCAGGGGCCGGUCGGGGAAAAGCUGCUAUUCUGAAGGCCCAAGUGGCUGCGAGGGGAAGAGGACGUGGAAUGGGACGUGGAAACAUAUUCCAGAAGCGAAGAUAAUUUUCUCUGUUGGACAGAACUUUGCCCUUUUUUCUUUAGGUUAUCUGGGUUCAUGGCGUGGAUGUUUGUGUGUAUGUACUAGGUUUUAACAUCUUUUUCUUUAGAUCAGGGGAAAUGUUAAACUAAACUAAAUAAAUCUGGUUGUUUUGUUUUUU